AUAAUCAAUCCAUCCCUUCCCAUCGCUCUGUCACUCGUUUCAUCGUUCGCUUUCUUUUCUCCCCACCAGACGCUUCUGCCCUCAGCUUCUCUCGAGCUGUCUCCCCUGUGUUGCCAUUCUUUCUCUCUUCCUAUUUUCUCUUGCUUUCCUUCUCUUCCUCCCUUCUUCAGCCUGGCGCUGCUUCGAACACCCGCGAAUUUUUCGAUCAAAUUUCCCGUUCCCCCGUUGAGGCCCACGUCACCACCUGUCAACGGCUUUGUCUCUUCAAAACUGACAGGCAAGCUCCGUCGGACGGUCGAGAGUUUCGCUUCUCAGCGCAUCUGCCACCCUUUCCAUGUCGCGACCUGUUAACCUUCUCGAGGCGUCAAUCCGUGAUUUCAGUUCAUUGAUAACAUCGUGACGGCACACCACCUGCAAGUCCCGUGCAAUCAUCAUACAGAAAAUUACCCCAAGACUCGAGCUCGUCGCCAGGGAAGACUCCUGGACGCAAACACACAAAAUUCCCACCCGUCCCAUUUGGAUUCAAUAUCUUUUGGUGGUGGGGGAGGAAUCGCGUCGAGUUUUGAAUUCUUUAUUUUUGUCUUGAAUAAAACUGGAGCCACGACCAUCUCGCUGCGAUUGCUUUGAUGGUUACUCGACCACCAACCCACUCCUCGCCAUCCCUUCACAAGCCGCCUCCGUUCCACGAUCGGCGUCAAAGCACAAUGGCACGCAUCAACAUAGAUAACUUAGUUGGCGACCCUUUUGCAUUGGCAUCCAUCUCGAUAUCAUUGCUUGCAUGGCUAAUUACGUUCAUCUCCGCUAUCAUCUCCGACGUCCGCGGCUUUUUCCCAAAUAUAUACUGGUGGACCAUUGCUUAUCAACUGCUCUGCAUCCUCGGUAUCUCAUAUGUGAUGGCAACGGGCACGAGCCAUAUCUAUAGCACUGCGAUUGUCGGAUAUGUCUCAUCAGCCUUUGCUUUCACCACGUUCGCGGUCGACGUCAUGCUAAAAGAUAAGUCCGGAUCAAAGGAAGCUGCAGGAGCUGGGUUUAUCCUGCUAUCCAUCAUCAAUAUCAUUUGGAUCUUCUAUUUUGGCUCUACAGCUCAGCCACGUCCUCGUACCUACAUUGAUUCGUUCGCCAUGCAUAAAGAGCAGCCAUCAUAUCUCAAUCCGAGCCAGAUGUCCAACCACUACAACAAUCGCCCCGACACCACCCUUUCUAGCCAACCGCCGCAGAUGUAUACCUCUGCUCAAUUAAACGGAUUCGAAACGUCGUCGCCCAUACCAGGUUACGGGGGCGGACAAACAGGUCAGUCCGGAGCAUCCGGUCUGGGCAAUUCCCAGGUGAACUUGGCAGCCAACGGUAGCGCAACCGGAGAUGCUUCCAACGAAGUCAGCCCGCCUACCGAAUACCCUUACCGUGCAAAGGCGAUCUACUCGUAUGAAGCGAACCCAGACGAUGCAAACGAAAUCAGUUUUACAAAACACGAGAUCCUUGAGGUAUCUGAUGUGAGCGGGCGGUGGUGGCAAGCGAAGAAAUCGACGGGAGAGACAGGCAUUGCCCCGUCGAACUACCUGAUCUUGCUAUAA